CGCUUGCACUCCUUCCUUCUUCAGCGUUCUCCCCUUCCCGUCCCCUCUACGCGGUCCGCUGCCACCUUUUCGUCCUCCAUCGCCUUCUCCUCGUCCUUCACCUCCUCUCGAUCCUCUAUUGUCCCUCUCUUGCUUCUCCCGUGGCUCUCCCUCCUCCUGCACCCUUCCUCCGUCCUCCCUGUCCCCACCCCGCCGCCCUACCGGCUGCACGCUCACAUGCAACGAGCGAGACCGGCCGGCUGGCACUCAGUUGCCUUUAGCGCCGUGCAUCUCCGAGUCAGUUAGUCAGUCAGUCAGUCAGUCAUUGAGUCAGUUAGUCGGUGAGUCGGGUCGACGAUACACGCGCGACGGAGGUAUCGUCUUUGCUCUGAACUACUUACACUCUCUUUUCGCCCGUAACGUUCUUCCCCUCCUCUUCUCCCUUUCUCCCUUUCUCGUUGUGUUCUUUGUCCUUCUAUCUUGCGAAAUUUAUUCGCGUCGCGGGUCAUUCGGUCGUGUCGCGUGUUGCUGGCCGCGUGCUUCUCUAUUCGCGGCACGUGUGUAACGCUCUGGACGCGGUGGAAUAUGUGCGCCCGUAGCCCUCGUCGCGUGCGCUGCCUACGUCUCGUCAAACCGAGCCAACUUGCUCGUUUCUAGGAAGUUGGAAACGCGUAUCGCGACACGUGCAACGAUCGAGAGUUGACCGGUUGAGCGCAAAACAGCCAAAGAGAAGUGCAUUGAACGAAACCAAAUCGAUACCAAAAGAGGCGGGGAAGUUAGCUCGAUCUAGGGGAAGACGGAGGAGGGGGUGGUGGCGGCUAGUCGUUUUUUCGUUUUUCGAGAUGAAGCGACCAGGGUAUCGCGCGAGUUUCGCUUGAGAGUAGGAUCCCUCGGGUUCAGUGAAGUAUCGACGAAAAAAGAAAGAAGAUAAAAGUGACGAGUGAAAACAGGAAGAUCAAGACGGCCAAGAUGAUGAAGAAGGAGAAACCGAUGAUGUCGGUGACCGCCAUCAUCCAGGGGACCCAGGCCCGGCAUUGGUCCCGUGGGAACACUUGGUUGAGUCUGGACAACAGUAACAUGUCCAUGUCCUCGGUGGGUCCGCAAAGUCCACUGGACAUGAAACCUGACACAGCGAGCCUCAUCAAUCCAGGGAAUUUCAGUCCUUCCGGUCCCAAUAGUCCUGGAUCCUUCACCGCUGGUUGUCACAGCAACCUUCUGAGUACGUCGCCGAGUGGACAGAACAAAGCAGCCGCACCCUAUCCGCCGAACCACCCUCUUUCCGGAAGCAAGCAUCUUUGCUCGAUCUGCGGUGACCGUGCCAGUGGCAAGCAUUAUGGUGUCUAUAGCUGCGAGGGUUGCAAGGGCUUUUUCAAGAGGACCGUACGCAAGGACCUGUCGUACGCGUGUCGCGAGGAAAAAUCCUGCAUCAUCGACAAACGGCAGAGAAAUCGAUGUCAGUAUUGUAGAUACCAGAAAUGCCUGGCGAUGGGCAUGAAGAGAGAAGCAGUACAGGAAGAGCGUCAACGUACCAAGGAAAGGGAUCAGAGCGAGGUGGAGAGCACCAGUAGCCUGCACUCGGACAUGCCGAUCGAGCGUAUUCUGGAAGCCGAGAAACGAGUCGAGUGCAAAAUGGAACAGCAAGGAAAUUACGAGAAUGCAGUGUCGCACAUUUGCAACGCCACGAACAAACAGCUGUUCCAGCUGGUAGCAUGGGCGAAACACAUCCCGCAUUUUACGUCGUUGCCGCUGGAGGAUCAGGUACUUCUGCUCAGGGCCGGCUGGAACGAGUUGCUGAUAGCAUCCUUUUCCCACCGUUCGAUCGACGUGAAGGACGGUAUCGUGCUGGCGACAGGGAUCACGGUGCACCGAAACUCCGCGCAGCAGGCUGGCGUGGGCACGAUAUUCGACCGGGUACUUUCCGAGCUUGUAUCGAAAAUGCGCGAAAUGAAGAUGGACAGGACGGAGCUUGGUUGCCUGAGAUCUAUAAUACUCUUCAACCCCGAAGUCCGAGGACUAAAAUCCAUCCAGGAAGUGACCCUGCUCCGCGAGAAGAUCUACGCAGCGCUGGAAGGCUAUUGUCGCGUAGCCUGGCCCGACGAUGCUGGAAGAUUCGCGAAAUUACUGUUACGUCUGCCGGCCAUCCGAUCCAUCGGAUUAAAGUGUCUGGAGUACCUGUUCUUCUUCAAAAUGAUCGGCGACGUGCCGAUCGACGAUUUCCUCGUGGAGAUGCUAGAGUCACGGUCGGACCCUUAGGAGCAAAAGGUGUGCCGCGUCUUGGGGCACACCGAUUUAUAAAGGAAAAAAAUAACGGAACAUAAAAAAGAACACAUAUAUAUAAUAUAUAUGUAUGUAUACAUGGAUAUAUAUACAUAGAUAUAUAUCAACAAGAAAAGAAAAACAAAGAACAGCACUCAAGAUAUAUAUAUAUAUAUAUGCGUGUGUAAGAAAAGAAAUUCCCGUUGGUAACUCUAACACGCCUCUCACGGUGGUUAAAAAACGAAAAAAGAAAAAAAAAAACAAAAAGAAAAAUUGAUACUCUCACAGAAGUCGAGUAAGGUGGAAUUUACUUACGUUUCUUCUUCUUCACCAUUUUAUUUAUAUCUGUUCGAUAGCGCAUUAUAUUUGAUGUAAAGACGAUCCUUUUCUUCGAUUCGUAUCGAGAGCAUGCCGGAAGUCGAGCAACGGAUAAUACACUCGCGGAGAACAAAGAGCCCCAGCGCUUUUUUAAACGAUCGAUUCGAUGAAAUUUCCAAGCUCUCGAAGUCGCUUAUGUAUACCUUGGAACGAGAUCUCUCUUUGCAUUCUUUAGUCUAUGACACACGUCGAGUAUGUGUGUCAUGCCAUCGUAUGUCCGAGCAAAGUUCUCACGCGUGACGAUUUCCUACCGGAUAUUGCCGAUCCUUGAUUUAGUCUGGGCUUCGAUUGCGCUCACGUCGAACUGUUUACUCUCUGCAACCACGUGGAAGUUCCUAAGACGCUGUUUUCUCAUGUUUCUUCUUACCUUUUUGUUACACCCUCUGUUACAACCUGUGUUAUCUCUUGUCAUCGUUGACGUGUCAGUUUCAAUCUGCUUCGCCAGUCUUUCAGAAUACAUAUAUAGUUGUACAGACGACACGAUUCUCCAACGAUCUCCGCCAUUUUUCUAUGGAUUGCGGUCCUCGACGUGGGUGCAAUCCGUAAUAAGCGUAAGCUUAUCGGGUAUUUUUACAUUCCAACGCUGCCUCGAUUCGGAUCGUCAUUUGAAAGAGCCACGAUCGCAUCUAGAUAUAUUAUUAUUAUUGUCAUUAUUAUUAUUAUUAUUAUUGUCAUUAUUAUUAUUAUUAUUAUUAUUAUUAUUGUCAUUAUUAUUAUUAUUAUUAUUAUUAUUAUUAUUAUUAUUAUUAUUAUUAUAUUAUCAUUAUUAUUAUUAUACAUACUUGCAUAAAACGGAAACGUUCUAUACGCGUGUGCACUAUAAUACGAUAAUUUAUUGUUUUGUAUUUUAGAGUAUGGAAGAAAGAAAAUAAAACUUACUAAUUCAUUAUUAAUUAUAUAUGAUUAUAUAUAUUAUAAUAUUUCUUUUUAUAUAUAUAUAUAUAUAUAUAUAUAUAUAUAUAUUAUAUGUAUAUAUAUGCAGCUUAUGUCUGUAACAAGAAAUAUUGAAAUUGUAACAUAUGCUGUUACAAAACCGGUGAAUAAAUAGUACGCUCGAUAUAUCAAGAAUCAUUGAUACAUACAUACUGUUGAAAGAUAAACUGAAAUGCGAAAGAGGAUUUCUUAUUAAGGACGAUUUUUACUUUUGGUAUACAGCGAAUUCCAUGGAAUUUUUCAUAUAACUCGUUUAUUAAUAUUUUUUCGACUUUAUUCGACAGCGUUCGUUUCGUUCGAUAACAAUUUCUCAUUAUGUGAUUACAUAAUAGCGAACAGUAUAAGUAAUUCGAUAGCAUAUUGAUAAUGUACUAAAAUUUACUAAUUAGCGAAAAUUUUCGGUUUUUUCCUUUGAAUUCACUGCAUUAUGAGAUGUAAAGUCUUAAAAAAGGAAAAAGUAAAAAAACAUUCAAAAGAUGCGAUGCUUUCAAUGUAUAGUUUAUCAUUUAAACCUAGAUAUAUAAGAAUUAAUUGAUCAGUGACAGGACUAUGAUAGGAACCUUAUCGUCGUUAUUAGUAAUUCACAAAACACUUUUUAUGAUUUGAGCUGAAGGAUGUAAGAAAAUAACAGGAUUUUUAACGAAAAGAUCCAUAUUUUAGUUUUACAGAUUUUGAAUUUUACUAAUUUUCUACUUUUAAAUAGAUAAAAAAAUGAUAUGAAUUGUGAUCGAUCUGAAUUGGUGGCAAUAAAGAAUCCAAAUUUUUAUAUAUUUUAUUCUUCUAUCGGUAAGUUAAGAAAGAACUUUUAAAAAUAUAAAUAUAUAUUUUAUAAUAUAUAUUGAAAGAAUCUUGGUGCAUUAUUCAAAAAAUGUAUAAAUAAACAUUUAUUUAUAUUUUUCUUUUGUAAGAUAUUUCGUAAGAUUUAUUCUUUCUAGAUUGUAAUUCGAUUUUAAGAUUUUAGAAGAGUGAAAAAGAUUUAUCUUCUUAGUGUCCUUCAGUUUUAGUCAUCUACAUAAAUUACUAUAGUACUCUAGAAAUCGUAAGGAAUGAUCACACUUACUUCGAUAAUAUAAAUUAUGAUAAUAUUAAAAAAUUAUUAAACAUAUUUCUAUUUUUGCGUGAAUGCUUACGAUUGUUAGUUGUUGGUUAUUGUUAUCUAUUUGAUGAGAGUUUUUAAUGUUAUGCAUACCAUGAGAAAAAAGAAACACAUUAUUAAAUUCCCGAUUUUUUUUUUAAUA